AUGGCCGACAAAGCCGAAAAUAGUGCUUACAUGGACCAUGUUGGAAGUGACUCAUGAGAAAUCCAGCUGAACUCAACCGUUUUUCCCCUUACUUUAAACCUCUCUUGAAAGGAACUAGAUGUCGAAGGCUGUGUGAGCCAAUCUUCAAGAUAACUAGAUAUGGAAAUUCGCAGUAGUCCAAAUUUCAUGUGGCAUAUCAAAGAUGUUCUUGGACAAGGUGCCACUGGAGCCGUUUACAAAGGUCGUGAUAAGAAAACAGGUAACGAAGUGGCGAUUAAAGUCACUAACCAUCUUGGUAUGAUGAGRCCGUUGGACGUACGAAAGAGAGAAUUUGAAGUCCUGAAUCGUUUAGACCAUGAGAACAUCGUCAGAAUUUUUGCUUCUGAAAAUGAGCUGCGUAGCCAGAACGAGAUCAUUGCGAUGGAAUUGUGCUCUGGRGGAAGUCUGUACACUCUUCUGGAACACCCAUCCAAUUCUUAUGGGUUUUCAGAGAAGGAUUGUAAAGACAUCAUCAGGGAUGUUGGUAAGUACAUCAUCGUAAUAACACUCCGAUCUUUUGCAAUUAUUUUCUUUCCCCUUUUCUUGAAAUCUGAAAUCCAGUAAGGGCCAGUUCACACUGCAACAUAAGCACAAGAUCCAUAAACAAAGGGUUUAAGGAUUAAGAA